AACUUCUUUAGCGUUCUAACAAGUCAUAAGUACAUAAAAAAUAUAAAAAUGAAUCCCAUUUUUGUGAUCACUUUGAGUGCUGUGUUUGUGGCUCUGGCUAUGGCAUCGCCCAUUGAGCUGACCGAGGAUCAAAAGGCUUUGACCAAGCAGUAUGGUGAGCAGUGCGCCAAGGAGGUCAACCUGACCGAAGAGGAGGUCGCCAAGGUGAAGGCCAAGGACUUCAAGAGCCCCAGCGAGAAUAUCAAGUGCUUUGCCAACUGCUUCUUCGAGAAGGUCGGCACACUCAAGGACGGCGUUGUCCAGGAGGAGGUUGUUCUUAAGAAGCUCGGCGCACUUAUUGGCGAGGAGAAGACACGCGAGGCGCUGACCAAAUGCGGUGGCAUUAAGGGCGAGAAUAACUGUGAUACGGCAACUAAAUUGCACGAAUGCUUCGAGUCCUUCAAGCCCAUCGAGGUGCAGGCUUAAAGCAGCGACCAGCACAUGCUGACAAAUUGUAAUUAAUUUAUGCGUGCAUUGAAAAACAAUAAUAAUAACUAUAUAUCAUAAUAGACAAAACAAAA